AUGGCCACGCCUAAUUUCCACACGCCCAACCAAGAUAUGCCGCCAAGGGGAGGCUAUUCGCCGGUCAAAUUUGUUAGAAAUGGUCCCGCUACGCGCGGACCACCGGGAUGGUCCCUUUUUCUCGGCACGUUCUUCGUCACGUCCGUAGGCUACUACCUUGUAGGUCAGCAAAACAAGCACCAGCGUGAAUUGGCUAAAGAGGAGCGUGAGAAUCGAAUUGCAUUGUUGCCAUUUCUUCAGGCAGAGGCUGAUGUCGAAUACUUGGAACAAGAGAAGCACAUUUUGGAGAAGGAACGUGAGGCCAUGAAAAAUGUUCCUGGCUGGGUGGCGGGUCAAUCGCCGUACAACUCCAACCGUUACCAGGCGCCGCUCUGGGCCCAGAAGAAGUGA